AUGGAGCUAGGACAAGCAAAGAAAAACCUUUCUUCUGGAAUGACUACUGGUGUGAUGAAGGAUGAUUCCCAGAGACUUCUAGAGGGCUUCAACUCAGAUGACAAAGGGCAUUCACUCACAAGAAGUAAAGCGGAGUCCUAUACUUCAAAAGAGGAAAUGGUGUCAGAGGAAGAUGAGUCUCCUCUGAACAGUAACAUCACAGCGUUUGCAUUAAAGGCAAAAGUCAUCUAUCCAAUCAAUCAGAAAUUUAGGCCAUUGGCAGACGGCUCGUCCAACCCGUCUCUGCACGAGAGCCCCAAGCAGGCUGCUCUGCCAAAUCAGGUGAUGGAGACGUCCCCGUCGGGCAGCCUGGGCUCGCUCAGCCAGGGGGACAAGGAGGACUGCAGCUCCUCCACCACAAUCCAUUCCUCUGCCAGCGAUGACAGGUUCCAGGCACGGACCUUCCUCAAGGUGACCUGCUUCCCUGAAGUGCUCACCUGUGAGAGUUUUGAUGUGAAACUCUGCCUCUGCAGUCUUCUUUUAAAAGAUCUUAUGCUUCUUGAUACUGAACUCAGAAGGGAAAAACAUGUGAUUUUUAUUCAGGUUCUCAAAAUAUGUCUCUCAGAUUUUUAUCAUAAAAAGAAGAUUACUGAUGAUUUGUUCAAGAAGAUCCUUUUAACUCAGGAAAAUGAUUUUGAAGAAUUACAGAAACAACUUGACUCUAGGCUCCAGAAUACCGAAAUGUCAGGAGCCCAUAAUUCAGAGUACCAGACCCUAGAAGACUUAGAAAGAAAAGAAAGAGAAUAUUCUGAGCACAUCAUAGAUAAUAUGGAAGCUUUCUGGAAGCAGGCUGACAAAGCCCAGCAGUUUCUUUUGGACCAGUCAAAAUGCUCAAGUGCCAAAGCAUCAAAGAUAACUAUGGAUCUGACUGAGAGGAUGAUUGCAGUAGAAGGGUUAUUAAAUGAAUCACAGGAUUUGCGUGCAAUGGACAUUCAAGAAAGGUUAUUUAACUGGGAGCUUAUGGUAAAAGCAGUUGAUUUGCUGAAGUCAUACAUUCCAGAGGAGUGCAAAUGUAGGUUAAAUACUGUAUCAAAUAUUUUGGACCAUUUAACUGUAAAAAAUAAUCUCUCAGUCCGACAAAAGGAAGAGCUUUUAACAGACCUGCACAAGGCUUUCUGGGAGCAACUAGCACAUUUCAGUAAUGAAUGUACCCAGCAAAGUAAAGACCUGAUCCCGAAACAGCUGGAGUGCCGUGCAAAGAAGAGAGAAGAGUUCAAACACAGGCAGAAAGCUGAACAAGGGAGUCUCCUCAGUAAAACUUUUCAGACUGAGAAAUUUCAUGAUUUUCUUAAGGCCUACCAGGAACUGUUAGAGAAGCAUCACCAGAUACAGUGGGACCUGGAAGAGGAGGAAGACUGGGAGAGCGCAGAGGCUGUUACUGAUCUCUAUAAGGAUCUGCGCUCUAAAGCUUCCCACACCUUAGCAGAGUUGGUGAAGGAGCUGUUUCUUCAGACACUUCCCGUUGUGACCAGCCUCUCUGUAAGAGAAUGUGAACUUCUGAAAGAGGAAUGGCAAGAGAACUUGGUCCCUCAGCUGGAAAAAUUGGACACCUACUACCAGAGACGCUGGAAGCUUUUCCAGGAACAGCUGCUGCUAGAGAAAGAGCUAUGGCUAAAGGAGUAUGCCCUGUCUGCUGUAAUCCAAAAACAUCUGUCUGAGACACAAGAGAAGAUGAUUCAAGGUGUUGUAAGCAGAGUAGGAGGCCUCAGUGAUGAGUCUGUGAACUAUAUAUUACAAAAACACAAGCUCCUGCUGUGUUCAGUGCUCAGCAGGGUAACUCUCCGCAGCCUCGGGAUGGCCACUCUGACCCACAUGAGGAUGUCCAGGAAGAAGGGCUUGCUUCAGGAGCUGCGGGAGCAGCACGUCCUGCAGAAGAGCUCUUCCCACUGCCAUGAUGAAGACCAGUGGCAGCUACUGAAGGCAGUGGAGUCGCAUAUUCUGGAAGAAGAAGAGAAGCUCGAGGAAGAAACACAGCAGACAAAAUUAGAAUUUCACCAGCAGUUAGUCAACGAAAUCCAAGAAGCUCUUCAUUUUCUUCAGCAACACAUGGAACAAGUGAUUGGGCAGACACUGGUGCAUCAUGCCCGGCAGGAAGCUGCAGAAAAGAAUUCAGAUGAUGAAUCGGACUUCAAGGAGAGGUUGGUGGAAACCGCUGUAGAAAGUGUGUACGGGACACACAAUAAUAUCAACAGACUGGUGCAAAACUACUACCAACAAUUAGGAAAAAUCACAGAAAGUUAUGAAGGAAAAAAGCUUCAACAACUGAAAUCCUUACAAGCAGAAAGAGGUGAAAGGAGCAGACUUAAAAAGAAACAAGAAAAUGAACAGGCAUUGAAAGAGCAACUGAACAAAGGCCUCCUGAAUAUAACAUCUACAGUUUUGACGCGGAUGGUGCAGCAGCAAAAGAAGAUUUUGGCUCAGUUUGAACUGCAGCAGCAGAUUCGUCUGGAGUGCCUCAAACAGAAGAUACUGGGAUUGCAACAGCUACAAAGUGAACUGGAGAAUCAGCUGCAGGAAGCAGAGCAGGACUUUGUCACAGAGCUAGCUACAGUAGCCCGUGUUCCACUUGCCAUGAAGAAGCAGCUUUCCAAAAGGAGCAAGCCAACAGGGGAAAAAACAAACUCAAAAAGAAAAACCUUUCGGUCUCCAGAAUCAGAAGACAAAGGUGAUUCUCAUGAAAAUAUUCAAGAGCCCCCUGGACAGACUUCUGGUUUACACAGAGAUAAAUCACAGAGUUCACAUGAAGGGGAGACCGAGCCAAGGAAGAACUCAAAGAUGCUAAAAAAAAGAGGCAACAGGUAGUAAAAAUAUCUGUAUGAGCUGCCUGGACACAAAGUACCAAAGCAUUCUUCUGGGGGAAUCUCAGCGCUAUAA